UUUGUGAAGUGGAAGGGUUUUGGGGACGAGAAGAACACUUGGGAGCCGAUCGAAAACGUCCGGCAGCUCGCAGCGAUGUCAGACUGGUUGAGCGGCCACAAGAAGAGCGCGCCCAACUGUCAAUCCCGUACAUCAAAGCUCGCGACGCAGCAGAAAUGGCGGCGGGGCGAGCAGGGUUGUGUUGGCCAGCGAUGCCGUGUCUGGAGGCGAGGCGAGGAACAAGAUGGAUUUCAAACAGCGUACAGGCACGUUCUACUUCAUGGCCGUAGAAGUGCUGCGUGGCCGCGGCAUCGUUCAUCAAGCACGACAUGACCUAGAGUCGUUCUUUUGGCUCUUGGUCUGGCUCGUUUUCAGGCACACAAGACAUGAUCACCCUGAUCCGCAUAGUCUGAUGAAGGUCUUAUUUGACGGGCCUAGCGACAUCGCUUGCGCCGGCCAGAAGAGAGGGUUUUUUGGAAGUGACUUUGCUGUCCAUGACAACGAACCUCUGAGCAAUCUCCUCAACGAAUUCUCGAACCUUUGUGAAGGGAACUCUCACAGGAGUGCUUCGACGCCAGCCCCAUCCCCAUUGACGUACGCCGCCGUGCUGGAUAUUUUUGACCGAGCUCUCGCCCGCACGGACUGGCCGGAAAACGACGCGGCAAUCCCUUUCAAGCCUGCCGGGGACAAUGACACGGCGCCGCUUCAUGAAGCGCGUGACGGGAGUACCUGGAUGUCCACCGGCAGUCAAAUGACCUCGGGCGGUCAGCAUCAUCCAGUACCAUCCAAUAUCGCGCCUGGAAGCGGAGUCAAUGCCCCUGUGGUGGGACGUCCACUCGCGCGAGGCCAGCGUGGCGCAAGAGGCAGCGGAUUGUUGUCUCGCCCGCCGGCAUGGCCGACCUUCGGAAACGCUCAGGGUGCCGACCACUCGCCCGAACACCACGUAAUGCAAGUGCCGGGCCAGCCUUCGAGCGAUGGGCAAGCCCAUUGGGACCUCCGAGUCUGGCUAAUCUGCCUUCUCCCGAGUCGCCUACGCCGUCGUCACGAAGGGGCUCCUCAGCUCAUUCAGGCGCGUUGCCUAGUAUGCCCCUGUUUCGCAAGGCAUCCGACGCGCCCCGCGGUUCGUCGUCCAGUCGUUCCAAAGGCAAACAUCAAGAGCCGGCGCCAGGGAGGCAGGGAACCACGGCGAGCGGGUCUCGCAGUGGCCGGAAACGGUCCCAAGAGGACCUGAUUGGAGCCGACGAGGAUCUCGCAGUGGGUCCAUCAAAGCGUACAAGGACCCACAGCGAGCUGCCGCGCCGUCGGCUGUCGCGCGGCCCAACUCCAGAGCGAUGAUGAACGCAUGCUUCUGUAUUCUAUUGUCUCUCCCGAAGACUGACUGUCUGCAUCGCUACGCUCGCAUUCUGUUACCCGUGUAGAUCGUCUCGUCGCUGGAUCACUGAUGUAGUUAUAUCCACU